CAAUAAACAAUGGUCACGCGAGUUUCAUUAAUAAAACUAGCUUGUUACGGCAAUGACUUUGCAUUUGUUAUCGAUCUUUUGAGUAGAAUAGAAUUCAGUUGAUUAUUAUGUGUACUGUAACGCAAACCUUUUUCCUGAUCCUUUCGCUAGGAUUGGUCCUGGGAUACCCGCAAGCGGAAAUCGCUGAUGUCGAUUUUCAAACCGAACAAGUUAAUCCCCGAGAGCAGCCGAGUGAGGAAGUGAUUCCGGAAAUUUUCAACAUUCCACCGGAUAAGGAAGUUGGUGAUCUGCUGAAGAAUAUACCUCCACCCCUGAGGGAUCAAAAACCCAUGGCAUCGGAGAAGUUACUUCGGCCGGGACGAUCGUACUAUUAUUAUUAUCCGUGGACUUAUUACUAUCCCAGAUAUCGCUGGAGUCCUUAUUAUAAUUACUACAAUUACUACUGGUGGUGGUAGUUGAU